AUGCAGCGUGUGCUGGUGCUGCUAUGGUUCUCCGCCACAAGCGUGGAGACGACCUUGCCAGCGACGGAUCUUGAUGCAGCUCUACGCAAGGAGUUCGACAAGGAGAGCUGCCCCGGUGCUGCGGGCGAAGCCUCGUGGUUGCAGCGCAGCGCUCGUCGGAAAAGUCUCCAGGAGCUGUACGAGGGCUCGGAGACUCGUCAGAAUGCCUCAGCGGCCCUCAGCGAGGACAAGCAGUACUGCGACUCCCACACGGGUGGAAGCUGUCGCUUCUGGAGCUGCUCAGCAUCCCGCGGCCCCACUAUGUGUACAGCCUACCAAUGUCUCUGCAAGCCCGGAUUCUGCGCUGUUGACGGCGUUUGCAAGGAGCGUACAGCUCACGCUGUGGACACGUGCGGCAGGCAAACAGGAGGAAGCUGUACACUGUGGGGGUGCGCCUCCUAUCGCGGGCCGGUGGAGUGCGUGAACCAGGAAUGUCUUUGCAAAGAGGGAUAUUGCAGCGCCGGCGAUGGCACUUGCAAGAAGCCCAAGCCAGCGAUCAAAGCUCGCGUGGCAGCUGUGAACUCCAGACAGCCUUUCUUCCCAGACUCACAGGCCCACGUGCGCACUGGAAUUUGCUUCAGUGGUGGGGGCUCCCGCGCGCUCUCUGUGACCCUCGGAGUGCUGCGUGCUUUGGAGAGCUUGCAGCUCAUACCUCACAUUGAUGCUAUAUCGAGUGUUUCCGGUGGAACAUGGGCGUCUUCCAUCUACAUGUUUGCAAAGGAUGUCUCGGUCAAGGAGUUGCUUGGAGAGGACACGGUUCCGAACGACUUGACCAUGGACCUCCUGGAACGUGAACCUCCACGACUCGGCGAUGUCGCCACCACCAGCAUCAACAUCUUCUGGACCAUCGUGGGCAAAUGGGCACAUGGGAAAUCGAAUCCGCGCGAUAUGUGGAUUGACGUCUACGCCAAAACCGUCCUCGAGCCUUUCGGCCUGGCAAAUAGGAGCCAGUUCAUGGCCGCAGAUGAAGCGAGCCUGCGGCGAAUCCUUGCUGAAAACCCAAGCCUACAGCGGGAGCAGUUUCUGAUCCCGAACCCAUUGCGUCCAAAGACAUAUAUCAUGGGUGGGACUAUUCUCGCACCGGUUGGCUUGGAAGCCACGGAAAGGAGUGCUGUGAAUCUGCAGAUGUCUCCAGACUACACUGGCUCUCCAUUCUAUCCGGAGGACAAGGUUGUCUCCUACGACGGCAAGGAUACUCGGGAGUUCCUUCUCGGUGGUGGCUUGGUCGAGAGCUUUGCCUUCGGUGGCUCUGCGCCCAUCUCCGAAAAUGGGCAGAUGGGAGGAAGCCAAGUUAGCAUGGAGGCACCGCCGUCGGCAUUCAGCCUCGCUGAUGCAGUCGGGAUCAGCAGCGCUGCCUUUGCAUCAGUGCUGGUGACUGCCUCUGGCUGGAUGCACCUCUUCGCGCAACACGCCCAAGAAUAUCUUCCGACCAGAGACUACUGGCCAGUGACCUCCGUCCUCUUCAAAGAGCGGAGGCCGGCCAUGAAGCACGUCUUGGGGGAUGGCGCUGAGACGGACAACACGGGCAUGAUGGCGCUGCUGCAGCGAAGGGCAACCAAAAUCGUCGUCGUUCACAACACCAACGUUGAGCUCUCGGAGGAAAUAGAUUUCUGUGGAAGUUUGUUCGACAUCACACAACUCGCGCUUCACGGCAAAGUAUCGAAUGACUUGCUCGACAAGUUCGGGUACAUUGCUGAAAAUCCGGGCGAGUAUUUGGUUCACAACCAGGUUUUCAACCGCAACGAGCUGCAGCCCCUCCUGUGUGAGUUCCAGAAGAAGCGGAAAUCUGGCGAUGCAUUGGUGGUGGAGCGGCAGCUGAAGGUGCUGGAGAACAAGAAAUGGGGCAUACAAGGGAACUGGACAGCGUCCGUGAUUUUUGUUUAUCUGAACAGCUGCAAGCGCUUCGACGUGAACCUGCCACCGGAGACGCUGCAGGAGGUGCAGAAGGGCAGUGGGGGCAAGUUUGCACACUGGCCGCACUUCAAGACGUCAAAUCAAAAUUCCGGGAAGUUCACGACCUACACGAACGAGCAGGUAAAUCUUUUGUCAGCAUUUGGAGAGUACAUGAUCCGUUCCAACGAAGACAUGUUCAUGCGGUUCUUUCGCUCCUGA